AUGGAAUGGGAGACAUACAAGUUAUUAGCACGCAGGGCGAAGGCUAAGAUGCGCAAACAGCGUGCAUGUAUGCAAAGGACUGGAGGUGGUCCUCCAGCAGAUAUCUGCUUGACAGAACUGGAGAAAAAAACAAUAAAUAUAGAGGGGACAUCAACUAUAUAUGGAUUGCCUGGAGCUGUGGAAGCUGGUAUUAUUAUUGUCCCAGGGACCCCACAGCCCAUUGUUGAUGUUCCGGAUCCUCAUGUUAAACAAAACAUAGUCAUGGUUUUGGAUGAUACUCAACUGCCAAAGCCCAAGCAGACGUUGAUUUUAGAUGCAGUAACAGUUGUGAACACUGAAGAAGAGCCCCCGAAGGAAGCGGCUAUGGUGGACACGUUGACACCGACGGCGAGUCACGAUGGGGCGACUGUCGUCACUUCAAUGGCGACGGACGCGUCAUCAAUACCGACAGCAUCUCGCGUUGGUCGAAUUGCGGUAGACGCGUUGAUGAUGCCAGCGGCAAAUAGGGAUCUGGCGACGAUCAGUUGCAGUCGUGAACACAUCGUGGCCUCAACCCCUGAACAGAACGGAGACGGCGAGGUGCGCAACACUCUGCGCCUCUAG